CAGUAUUGGAGACGAAGUGAAGCCUUACUUGAACACACAACAGCAACGAGGUUAUGCAGAUAUUCAGAUGCUUUGGUUGCCGAACAAAAACUUCUCGCUAUUGACCCUUUGCUUGCCAAGAUCUGUGAAGCAAAACGAUUUUUAAAACGAGGUGAAUUAUCGUCGGCGCAUUCCGUACUUGUCGAGAUUCUCCGUAGCAACGAUGAUGAUGUCACAAUGGAAGUCAAAUGCAAGGUUCUUAUUCUACUCGGUGAUUUAUUCUCCAAGAACCGCAGCGAACAUUCGGCCUCGUUGAAAUAUUUAUUACAAGGUCUCUCUAUCGCCACUAAGUGUCAUCUACACAGUCACUUGGUGGAAAUAAAUCUGAAAAUUGCGCAAUUAUACUUAAACUCAGAUUCCCCGCAUCAUUGCUUUAAACUACUGACUUCCAUCUCCAACGAAUGCGUCGCAAACUCUACGUUACACACAAGGUGUCGAUACUUACUUGUUGCAAUCCAAUGCUUGAUUCGUAUUAAUAACAACAUAACAGUUAAAGAAAUUGAGUCUUAUAUCCCAAUAUUGAAUGAAAUAUAUCAUGAUUGUGAAAUCACUUACGACGUUUGUAGGAAAAGAGAUGUCGUGUUCCUGUUGGCAAAAUUUUAUGACAAAUUGCAUCGUGUUGGAGGAAACUGCGACACUAAAGAUAAUUUCUUGUCAUUACGUAACGAACACGCAGCAGAAUUUAAGAGACUUGACGUCCAACUUGGUGGCUCCCUGCCUGACUUUGUUAUAUGAUUUCUAUGGUAUAACACCAAUGCUUGUCAAACUUUUGCGUUGCUACCAAAAAACAGGAUUUGUAAAACACUGUGUUAAAAGUUCACUUCUGUUUUGUAUUGCGCAACACUAGAAAAAAGUUGACUACUAUUUUGUAUUGCGCAACACUAGAAAAAAGUUGACUGCUAUUUUGUAUUGCGCAACACUAGAAAAAAGUUGACUGCUAUUUUGUAUUGCGCAACACUAGAAAAAAGUUGACUGCUAUUUUGUAUUGUGCAACACUGCCAAGAAAUGUUUAAUAAAACUAUUCAUGAAUGCA